AUGGACGGCAGCGGGGCGGAGUGGGUGUGUGCCUUUACGUACGGGUGUAACAGGUGUGUGUCUUCUCCAGGUGUGUGCCUUUACGUACGUGUGUCUAACAGGUGUGUGUCUUCUACAGGUGUGUGCGGGUCGGCGAGGUUCUACACCACCAACACGCUGACGGAAGCCGAGCCGCGCCUGGCCGGGGACUACGACUCCCUUCUGGACCAGGUCAGCGGUGACUUCGGCGUGCGGUCGGAGGUGGUGGCGGCGGCGGGGCAGGAGCCGGAGUACAGGGGCGCUGAGACGAUGGUGGUGCCUCUCUACAUCCCCAGAGGCGCCGUGCCCAUCAAGGUGGCCCGCAUCGCCCGCUCCGACACCCACGACCCGGUGGUGGAGGUCGUGGAUUUGACGAUGUCCCCGGCGGCUGAUUCCGUCCUUAUACGCAGAAUAGGGCCGGUGGAGGGGCGGAGGGGCGUUUCUCCUCCUAGUCGGGCUGCCUGGCGUGUUUCUCAGAGGACCAGGGUGUCAAGGCUGCCUGUUAUCCGACGCUCAGACUCAAUACCUCGACGUCGUGUGGCCGCGACCUCUUCAUCCUCUUCCGUCGUGUCCUUGUCUCCUGCAUCCCCAGUACCCCCAGUGUCCCCAGUAGCCCCUGUAACCCGACCCCUCCUCCCUCUCUCAGUGCAGUCGGAGUUCGGUAAGAGGCUGGCGUCGUCGCUCGCCUAUCCGCCUCACUAUCCCGACCACACCGACGCCGACGCCGACACCGACACCGCCACCAAGCGAGCCAAGAAGAAUGAGCUGAGUAAGGAUUCGCAGUUUCCGGAUGAGCUUCACACCACCUCCGCCCCCUUCACGACCUCCACCUCACCCCCUUCUUCAUCCCCUUCUUCUGUACGUGAUGCGGAGAUAGAGGCAACGACACGAAGGUUCUCCACUCAUCUUACCUCCCCGUCCUCCACCACCACUUCUCCCUCCUCCAUACCGACCUCCACCACUACAAAAGACUCUCCAUCAUCACCACCAUCAUCCACCACCACUUCUACCACCACCACAAAUUCUCCUUCACCACGAACACCUACUUCCACCACCAUCACUACCACAACACCACCAUCAACUACUACCACUAGCACCACCUCUACCCAACCGGCAACCACAGCCUCAACCACAACGAAACCGCCCACCACCACUACUACCGCAGCUACUCCUGCAUCGCUACCAACAACCACCACCACCACCACUACUUCGUCCUCCACCCCCUCCACUUCAGACGCCACCAUACAGAGGAUAACGAGAGCUCCUUCAUCCACUUCCUCCACCACUGAGCGCCGAUCCAUCCUCUUCCCUCGCCCUGUGAAAAGCGUCCUUAGAAUCGGAAGGAGUACAACGCCAUCACCUGACUCCUCUCCCUCCUCCUCUUCUUCUUCGUCUUCUUCCCCCUCCUCCACCACAACACCCGAACCCUCCACCACUCCCACCACUUCAACCACCACCACCACCACCACCACAACGCCGACAGGUGGGCGAAGUUUCUCCAUACCUGUGCGAGCCUUACCUUCGUGGGUGUCUCGCGCCAGGACGCCGUCACCACCACGCAGACGAGGCUCCACCACCACCACCACCACCACUACACCUCCACCUUCAUCCACCCCCUCCACAACCACCACCACAACGACAACCACCACGACAGAAAGACCCCACAGGAUGAGAGAUAAUCUAAGACGACUGAGUAGGCUCCGAACAGGGCUUAGUCAAGUGUCGUCUACUACCUCUACCACCACCACGACCACCACCACCACCACUACCACAGCUCCCACGACCACCACAGACAGCAUGGCAUCCCACGUCACCCCACGCCCCUCCCUAGCCACGAAGAGGACCUCCCCAGUAAGGAUGAUGCCCAGCGUGAGUGAGAUCCUCAACUCACAACUCGAAGGAGAAGAUGAAGGUCGUGAGGAAGCCCCAGACACAACCCUUGGACGACCCUCGACUACCGAAGCGUAUGGGAAGACUUCGACGACGACUUUCAAGAGUGAGGUGGAGAAGAAGGACGAGGAGAAGCCUGCAGAAGGGAAGGAGGAGGAGAAGCCUGCAGAAGGGAAGGAGGAGGAGAAGCCUGCAGAAGGGAAGGAGGAGGAGAAAGAGGAAGAGGAGGUGGAGAUAACUCUGCCCCGCGUGGAGACCAUUGGAUCCCCGUCGCACGAUGAGCAGUCUCCUCCCUCGAGCCCCACAAGGAAGUUCGUGAGGCGCCCAAGACCUUCAGCGGAGAGUGACAACCCCGAGGGACACGUCAGGCCUACAGGACACCGCCGGCGACGCCCUCUGAGGCCUCGCAUAAAGCUGCCGCCGCCCAUCACCUACCACAGAGCCUCCACAGCGCCGCCACAGGACACCUACGCCUCCACCUCCACCACCAGCUCCACCACCAUCCCCACCACCACCUCCACCACCACCACGACGCAGCACCCGUACAGAACCACAGUCACCGUCACCUCACCAACUACACCAAGAGUCGUUCUGACCACCACCACGACCACCACGACCACCACACCGCCGCCAACCACCACCACGCCCACCAAGACUCCAGAGCAGGUUGUGAUCGAGAGCCUGACGGAGAUCAUGAAACAGGCCACCAACACCAGCAGGAGCAAGGACAAAGUCUACAACAUCGCCGCUAAUCUCGAGGACCUGAACAAGCGGCUGGCGGAGCAAGGCAUUCACAUCAUACACGCCGAGGUGGACGGCGUCAAAAUCAAGCUGGACAACAGGACGAUAACGCGACACAGACCACCGCCCAUCACCACCUUCAGGCCCUCCACAGCCAUCCCCGCCUCCACCCAGCCCGCCACACGACCCUCCCCCUCCUCCUCCUCCUCUUAUCCGUCCUUCUCCUCGUCACCAUCGCAGACAACGACGCCAAACAAGAACGUCCAGACCUCCAUCAAGUCGUCCUUCUCGUUCCACACGUCCCUCUCGCCGGACACCGUGAACGAGGUGCAGACGACAACCAGCGACUCAGAACCCACAACAAUGAAGCCGACGGAAGCCAGGAAGCCGGACGAUAAGCCUUUCCUGGCCCCCUCAAGGCUGCCGACGACUGAGGAAGGCGCAGCUAAGAACGGCAGCGAGUCUAGUGUCAGCACCAGCGGCACCAGAGCUUCCCUGGACCUGGAGUGGCGUCAGGGAGCCUCCAAGUCCAUCCUCGCAACCGCCACCGUCCCUGCCACCGUCACCACCCGCACCAGGUCCACCACAGUCCCCGUCACCGCCCACCGCCCAGCCGUCACGCCGUCCCUCAGCCUCCACCCCGCCGCGGACACCACCACCAUCACGACCUCCUCCACGCACGAGACUGAGGAGGCCCCGCCCUUAGACACUCCCAGAACAGCAACCACCAUCCACCCGACCUCCCACCACCGCCCUACCUACCUACCGCACCCCACCGACCACAGCAACUCUGUCGAAGGGUCUGAAACGACGGACACCCCAACAAUCAAGGUCAUAUCGAUCCUGAAAGCGUCUGAGCUUCCAGGAUCCACUGCUACUGUAGAAGGCGUUGAAGAGGGAGACUUGAAGGACUUACAGGACCUGAAGGACUCCCCGCGGGCUUCCUACACCGCCAUCUACGUCAUCAGCGUCAUCGGCGUCAUCCCAGCGGCGGGUCUUGCCUUCUUCAUCGCCCGGAGGUUCCUGAAGAAGACACAGAAGGCGCUGCCGGAGAGUGAGGAGCGAGGGGAAGGGUUCACGCCCAUCACCCACCACCCCAGGAAGACCCAGCCCUCCUCCCACCCCCCCGCCAUGGAGACUGAUGGCCCCUCGUCAGUGGAGGCCAAGAACCCCCGCUUCACGCCCUGGGAGUUUCCGCGCUCCAAACUGCGCCUCGCCUCCAUCCUCGGCCAGGGAAACUUUGGUGUGGUGUGGAAGGCCGAGGCGCGAGAUCUCUGUGCUUGUGAGGGGUCCCAGGGCGGUCCCACGGUGCUGGUGGCGGUGAAGGGCGUGAAGGAGGGCGCGGGGGCGAAGGAGAAGCAGGACCUCCUGAAGGAAUUGGCCAUCAUGCAACACCUCGGCCAGCACAUCAACGUGGUCACGCUCCUCGGGUGUUGCACGCAGCAGGAGCCGUACUACGUGAUCAUGGAGUACGUCAUGUUCGGCAAGCUGCUCACCUUCCUGCGCGACCACCGGACGAGGCAGAACUACUACAACUUCUCCUCCGACACGGCCGCCCUCACCUCGCACGACCUCACGCGCUUCGCCUGUCAAGUGGCCGCCGGCUGCGAGUACAUCCAGAGCCGCGGGAUCAUCCACCGAGACCUGGCUUCGCGCAACGUCCUCGUCGACCACAACAAAGUCUGCAAGAUCGCGGACUUCGGGCUGGCCAGGAGCGUCAAGGACCUCGGCAGCGACAUCUACGAGCAGAAGAGCAGGGGAGCGUUGCCUAUCAGGUGGAUGGCGCCGGAGUCCCUUUACAUGAGCAUCUUCACCCACAAGUCGGACGUCUGGAGCCUCGGCAUACUCUGCUGGGAGAUCGUCACGCUGGGCUCCACCCCGUACCCCGGCAUGGCGGCGCGGGAGGUGAUGCGGCAGGUUCGUGAGGGCUACCGUCUGGAGCGCCCCGAGCAUUGCCGCCCCGAACUCUACCACAUCGUGACGCGUUGCUGGCACCAGGACCUCAACCAGCGGCCGUCCUUCACCGAGAUCAAGGAGGACCUGCUGGAGCUCCUCGACAACAGCCCCACGGGAUACAUCGACCUCGAGAACUUCCCCGAGAGCAGCUAUUACUCCAUGCACGAGAACAACGAGGAGAAGCUCUAGAGACGCCGCCAUCAGUCCAUUACCAACGCACACACGAACACACAAGCUGAUCGAGGGUUUUGACUGAUUGACUGAUUUUAUGGUUGCAAAAGAAUACAGCAACGGACAUUAGAGGUGCAUGUCAUCCCAAUCCCACUUAAGGACAGAUUCAAAGCUAGAAGAUAAAAAGAUGCUAAGAAAUUCGAGGAAGCCAUAGACAGAAGACAUUUUAAUUGGUUUCUUUCAUGUCAUCCUCUUAACCUAAUGUGAUGUUUAUUUUUUAUAUUUCACUUUCUUGCUUGAGGCUGGAGGCGUGUCUUCGGGCUGGCCUGGGCCCGGGCGUUUGUUUGGCUGGCGGAAAUUAACCACCGAACGUCGUGUGUUUCGUUUUGACGUGACACAAAAGUUAAUCAUGUUGCAGAAAUCGGAAAGAAACAAAACUUUAAGAGAACGUCAGAACAAUAAGGCGUGUUUAAAGAAAAUUGAUUGAUAGGAGUAUACGAUCAUGGCGCCGCGGCUGCCACGGUUAGGUUUACAGAAGGAAUAAGAUGAAUAAUAACAGUGUCGUGACGUGCGGCACCAACAUGGUUAAUCAAACGCUACCAAAACUGAGUGACACAUUGCAAACGUUGCCAGUGUCGUAAAACAGUAAUAAUAAUAAUCCGAAGCAAAGUCAAUAGUAAUGUAUUCUUUUCACAAAUGACGAAAUUAACCACCGAGCAAUGUAUCACCGCUGCCAGCCGUAUGAAGUCCUUGGGACGGUUCACGGGCAGCAGCAGGGGCAGACAGAGCGCACUGCGGCCACUCACUCCAAAAGCACAUCCAAGUCAGCGUUAUAUUUGUGUUUUUCUAAUCUAAACAAUCAGUGGUAGGGAUUACAAGAUGAUCUAGUGAGGCUUGAGGAACACGGAGACAGCGAGACACCUUCUGGAUCCUGAGGGAGACUUUCCAAUGCUGUGUGGAAUGAAGCAACUAUAUAUGACUUUAUAGAGGAUGACAUCUUCUUCGAGGUGCUGUACCCCAAGGAGCUGGGUUAUACCUAUCGCCUCAGGCAAGCCAAGAACUUUGGGACUCCAUUUGAGCGAAUCUUUAAA